AUGCCACGGGAAAUCAUUACGAUCCAGGCUGGGCAGUGCGGCAACAGCAUCGGAAGCCAGUUCUGGCAGCAGCUCUGCCAGGAGCACGGAAUCAGCCAGGAUGGCACCCUCGAGGACUUUGCGACCGAAGGCGGCGACCGAAAGGACGUGUUCUACUACCAGAGCGACGACACGCGGUACAUCCCUCGCGCCAUUCUGAUCGACCUGGAACCGCGGGUCAUCAACGGCAUUCAGACGGGCGCCUACCGAAACAUCUACAACCCCGAAAACUUUUACGUCGGCAAAGAUGGCAUGGGCGCGGCCAACAACUGGGGCGACGGCUACCAGAGCGGCGAGGCGGUAUACGAGGACAUAAUGGAGAUGAUUGAGCGCGAGGCAGACGGCAGUGAUUCUCUAGAGGGAUUCAUGAUGCUACACUCGAUCGCGGGCGGCACGGGCUCAGGGUUGGGGUCUUUCCUGCUCGAGCGGCUCAACGACCGGUUCCCCAAGAAGAUUAUACAGACGUACUCGGUGUUUCCGGACACGACCAACGCGGGCGACGUGGUUGUGCACCCGUACAACAGCAUCCUGUCCAUGCGGAGGCUAACGCAGAACGCGGACUCAGUGGUGGUGCUGGACAACGGGGCCCUGUCACACAUUGCGGCGGAUAGGCUACACGUGCAGGAACCAUCGUUCCAGCAGACGAACCAGCUGGUCGCGACGGUCAUGUCGGCGAGCACGACGACGCUACGAUACCCGGGCUACAUGCACAACGACCUCGUAAGCAUCCUCGCGUCGCUGAUCCCGACACCCCGAUGCCACUUCCUCAUGACGGCGUACACGCCGUUCACGGGAGACCAGGUGGAGCAGGCCAAGACGGUGCGCAAGACGACGGUGCUGGACGUGAUGCGGCGACUGCUGCAGCCCAAGAACCGCAUGGUGUCGACGGUGCCGGGCAAGAAGAGCUGCUACAUCUCCAUCCUCAACGUGAUCCAGGGCGAGGUGGACCCGACGGACGUGCACAAGAGCCUGCUGCGCAUCCGCGAGCGGCGGCAGCUGGCCACGUUCAUCCCUUGGGGACCGGCGAGCAUCCAGGUGGCCCUGACGAAGCGCAGCCCGUACAUUCCCAUGAGCCACCGCGUGAGCGGCCUGAUGUUGGCCAACCACACGAGCAUCGCCACGCUGUUCAAGCGCAUCGUCCGGCAGUACGACAGCAUGCGCAAGCACAACGCCUUUAUCGAGGGGUACAAGAAGACGGCGCCGUUCUCGGAGAACCUGCACGAGUUUGACGAGGCCCGGCAGGUGGUGGCGGACCUGAUUGGGGAGUACGAGGCGGCCGAGAACGCAGACUACCUGAACCCCGAGGGCAAAGAUCUGCCGACGUCGGCGGAGACGGACAGGAGAGUUGGCUGA